GCGACGCUUCCGCCGCGGUCGCUCAUGCCACACUCCCACAGACUAUAGGAGAUCGCGAUCGCGAUAACGGAACAACCGAAACUUGCGAUGCCAAACUUGUCAAGUUAAAUUAAUGAUGUGUUCAGUGUGUGAAGAGAAAAGUGUGGCGGUUAGGUUGAGGUGAGCUCGCGAUGCGCCGCGUGCCGCGGUCUGUCGCGCGAUGAUCGCGCGUCGCACGCGUGGCGCGCGUUCCUGUCGCCUGCACGCGCGUCCUGUCGCGCGCCUUUUGAUCAUUCCCAUAGUAUUCACUAUCGCAAGAGCACAGAGCGAACGUCUGAGCGCGUUCGACCGGCUGGAGAACGUCACUCACACCGUCACGAGGAUCCUGGACGGCUACGACAUCAGGCUUCGGCCCAACUUCGGGGGCGACCCGCUGUUUGUAGGGAUGGAUUUAACAAUCGCAAGUUUUGACGCGAUUUCAGAAGUCAAUAUGGAUUACACAAUAACACUGUACCUUAAUCAAUAUUGGAAAGAUGAAAGGCUAGCCUUCGGGCUCCCAGACGAGGUUUUGACAUUGUCUGGUGACUUCGCCGAUAAGAUUUGGGUUCCGGACACUUUCUUUGCUAACGACAAAAAUAGUUUCCUGCACGACGUGACCGAGCGCAACAAGCUGGUCCGGCUCGGCGGGGACGGCAGCAUCACGUACGGCAUGCGGUUCACAGCCACCCUUGCCUGCAUGAUGGACCUCCACUACUACCCACUCGACAGCCAGAACUGCACCGUCGAGAUUGAGAGCUAUGGUUAUACAGUGUCAGACGUGGUGAUGUACUGGAAGGAGACGCCUGUACGAGGAGUCGAAGACGCUGAGCUGCCACAGUUCACUAUACUGGGCCACGAGACUAAUGACAGGAAGGAGAAACUAGCGACAGGCAUAUACCAGCGGCUCUCGUUGAGCUUCAAGCUGCGCAGGAACAUCGGCUACUUCGUGUUCCAGACCUACCUGCCUAGCAUCCUUAUUGUCAUGCUGUCCUGGGUUUCAUUCUGGAUCAACCACGAGGCCACCUCUGCAAGAGUCGCGUUGGGCAUAACAACUGUACUGACGAUGACGACAAUAAGCACUGGAGUGCGCAGCAGUCUUCCGCGCAUCUCCUACGUUAAAGCCAUCGACAUAUACCUCGUCAUGUGCUUCGUGUUCGUGUUCGCCGCUUUGCUGGAGUACGCAGCAGUCAACUACACGUACUGGGGCGCGCGGGCAAGGAAGCGCGCCAAGUUAAAGAACAGGGACUUGUCCACUAGCACGAGUAUGGAGAAGGACUUGAAGUGUUCUGGUUCUAGAUCACCAGAAGAAAUAAUAGCCCUUCGGGAGUGCACUAGCAGUACAGGGCGAGUGUCUCCUCUUCUGGGGCUCCGGUCCAAGCCGCUGCCGGUGACGGCAGGAGCUCCGCCCUCGCUGAGGUUGCAGCGAGACCACACACAUCUACGAUACCGAAACCGACCACACUCAAGGAACUCUAAAAAUGGUUCCACUGGCAAACCUAAGAUGAUGCACGCCCUCCGUCGCGGCGCCACCGUCAUCAAGGCCUCUAUGCCCAAGAUCCGAGACGUCAAUGUCAUAGACACGUACUCCCGCGUCAUCUUCCCCGUCUGCUUCCUCCUCUUCAACGCCGUCUACUGGGUAUUUUACAUAUUUGACUGAAGCUAAUGUUACAAGUUGAAUGGUGGCUACCGUUUGGCUGGCUAACAGCGAUAGCGCAACAUCAGGGUUUAUGUGUAACAAAAUCUAUCACAUAUGAUGUACGUUGCAGUUCGUUAAGCGAAUUAUUUGUAUUAUUGUAAGGACUAGUUUAAAAUUAAAGCAAUACGAUAUAAAAAUCAUUAAAUACAAAAUGGAAGUCCCAUCGACAAGUGAAAGCAUUUAAUAUUAUUAUUUCCAAAAAGUGUUCAUUUAUUUAUUGAACACCACCUGUGAGAUGAGCUAUGCAAAUAUUUUUAUAACAUUAAAUAAAUUAUUAAGUGUACAUGGCGUGCCAAAAAUGAGGUCAAGUUAGAUUUUCUGUAGACUUCAACGUCAUAGUAGAUAUAGCAUAUCGCAAUGUUAUGAUAACGAAACUGCCAAAAUCAUAACCUAAUUAAGCGCAACAAAAAUUCGUUUUGAUGCUUCUUUUUAUGAAUUAUCUGUCCUACUAGAUAUCAAUUGUUCUAUAAAUAAAAAGAACAUAUAAUAAAGAAACUUUAAGUAUUAUUAAAAUAGAUAAGGACGUACUUAUGUAACAGUCUUUGCAAUGUUAAAGUAUUUCAAGUAUUAGUAGGUAUGAUCGGCGGAUUACAACACGAAAAUAACCUAAAAGCAAUGAACUAUUUCGUUAAUCUAAGUACGUAUUUGAAAUGUACAUUAGGUGUUCCAAUUCGUUGUAAAUAAUAUAAUAAAUCUAUCUUUAUAGCAUGGACGUUGUGGAGAACUGUAGUUAAAUUGAUGUUUACAUUAGAAAAUGAUUGCAAGCCAAUAGUUUAUGAUAAGAAACGUUGUAAAAAUAAAGUUUAUUAUCGAUUGUUUGUAGUUUUAUUAUAACGACGCCCCCACACUAUCGGCGAACUCGGACAAGAUGAACAGAACUUUGCAGUUUGUACGUGUACUUUUAUUUACUGUAAUUGAAAACCAGCAAUGUAUACCGAAUCUGCCAAAGUUGGACAAACUAGUCCGCGAU